CGCCAUCCAACUUACAAUGCUGCCUAUGCUGCUGUUUUGCCUUGGGUACGCUUAGUCUGAGGCAACCGGAUAUCUGGGGCACUCGUUGAUCCUGAGUGGACUACUUCGAGCCUGGCGCUGGUGGGCCCAGGUCAAAUAAAAGACCUCUGUUCCUCGUGCUUACACCUUGCUGCUAGACAGUUACCUUGCGAGCGAGUUCUGUCAGCCGCUCCGCCUGGUCACGAGCUUUUGGAAGAGCAUGGCCUUUUGGGAAGAAGGCUGAUUCUCUGCCGUUUGAUGAGCGACCAUUCAGCGCCGUCAGAUCCGCUUCCAAAAUACAACCACUAUGCUGACGAUAUCAAUGCCCGCAACCAUAUCUCACCUUCUAUCUCACGUCAAUUCGGCACCUCCAUCUGUGUUCUGUCCCGAAAAUGCGCCUGCUUCAGGGCCUAUGUCGCCAGGAAAACAGCAACAGAAGCCAAAGUUGUCACUACAGACAUCGAAUUUGACGCCUACUUUCCAUGGAUUUAGCGGCGGUCAAGUUACUACCAACCUCAAUACUGCGACUCCCACUACGUUGAACACCUUCAACAAUGCCUUCGACCUGACAUUUAGACCAUCACCAGUCGUUUCAGCCCCGUCGCCAACGAGACGAUCUCAGACAAAGGCACCUGGCCGAUCACGCUCGCCCACAAAUAGAUCGCCUGAAAUGCCAUACGCUUUGUGCCUGCCAUUCGGUGUACAUUCGAUCCUCAAGAAUUCUCCACUGCUACAAUAUGGACGUCGACGCUCAGUCUGCUCAAGCAGUGCCAGCCCCGAUAUACCUGGUAGGCGGGUGUUCUUCCCCGCGUCUAAGAAGGUGACGUUUCGAGCAGUAUUGGAGGAAGAGAUCACCACGCACAAGUAUUCUAUACGCCACUCGGACAUAAAUUCUUCCUCAGACGAGACAAACUCCUCUGAAGCCGAAGAAUCGAGCAGCGGCUCGACGGAUGAAGGGGAGGAGGACAAGGUUGAUAUGACAAUCCAUGUGGACGAAGUUGCGACGCGGGGAAGAAGGAAAAGAAAGACCUUGUCCGUAUCGGACUCGACCUCGGACGGAUUAGAUCGUGGCAGGAAUAAGGGAUCAAGAAGCACUUCAGCGCGCAGAAGUAAGCGGAAGAGGAGACGAUGGGAAAAUGGAUGCUGGGGCCUGCAAAGGCUGUAGAGGAGGACUGACUGGAUGUUUAGGACGACAGCAAAAGUAUACAGUCACAGACAGAGCCUCGGGUUGAGAUUCUCGAGACUAAGACGCCACGGUCCGAGAAGAUCGAGGCCAGCGACCGGGCUGCGGCAACCUAGAAUUCUACUACCCUCUGUGGGAUCAAUGAUAUCACAUUGCUGCUCCCUGCAUAU